AAAUCCACACACAACAUAAAUACAAACCAUAAAACUCACAUCUUCUUUACAACAUGCAGUACUACGAAAACCGUGAGAAAGACUACUACGAGGUGGCACAAGGCCAACGUAAUGGUUAUGGCCAGAGCCAGGGCUACGAGGGAUAUGGCCAGAGCCAGACCCAUGGGGGAUAUGGCCAUAUCCAGAACCGUGAGGGAUAUAGCCAGAGCCAAAGUCGCCCAGUAUAUGGGCAAAGCCCGACUCUGAACCACCGUAGCCAUGGUGGGUUUCUUGAUGGGCUCUUCAAGGGUCAAAAUGGCCAAAAGGGUCAGAGUGGCCUAGGCACGUUUCUAGGGCAACACAAGAGCCAAGAGGCUAAUAAGGGUCAAGGACAUGGGAAGCUCUUAGGGCAGCACCAGAAGAAAACUCAUGAGACAAACAAAGGUCUUAAUGGCCUUGGAAUGUUCAUCAACAAUGGUGAGAAGAAACAUAAGAGGAAAAGUGAGCACAAGAAGAAGAACAAGGAUGGGCAUGGCAGUGGCAAUGAGAGUGGAAGCAGCAGCGGUAGCGACAGCGACUGAAUCUGAUAUGCUUGCUCUAAAGAAAGUAACGCUUCUAAGAGAGACUAUACAAAUUAAGUACUUGGAUGUAAUAUAAUACUUAAAAUAAAAUCACUUAGGUGGU